AUGGCGACAUCUCCCCUGCGGAUAACAGGCUCAAUAAAUCAGUUUGGUAGCUGUCUUGUGUGUCUCAUAUUAUAUGUUAUGUUGGGAAGGUGCAGACGAAGGUUUUGGGUGCUGUUGGUUAGUCGGGCGUUUUGUGUGUCGCACCCUGUUAGUUGUAGGACAUGCAAUCUCCAUCAGUUUACAAACGUAUUUUCAGUUUGGUAUGCAUAUGUGCGGAGUAUUUGCGGCUGAUUCCAUCUAUAUCAUAGAAAAGAGUCAGAGACAGAUUAGCAAUGGAAUUAUAGCUCGGAACUACCUGUAUGCCUACGAUUUCCUAGACAGCAUAUAG